GGCGAGCAAGAUGGCGGCUGUUGUCCUCCGCAGAUCCCGACAGGGGUUUCAAAAUUAAAUCAAACAGCUACAUGAAACAACAGUAAAUGCCUGAAAUAGUCGUUUUUUUUUUUUCCAAAACCCGCGAAACAGAAGUUAAGUUUGGAGCAUUUGAGUGACAACGGAAGAGAAGACGCCAGGACUAAAAUGGCGACGUCGUCUAGCAAAAGACAACAUCAACAAGAAUUAGCGCCACCAACUGAGACAAAGCUGAAAAGUGCAGAGAAAGACGUCCAGCACCUGAUUGGUCAUCAGGGAAAACUUUCCCCUCGGCUGCAAGGGUUCGCUACUUUGAAGCAGGAGAAUAUCCAUUUCGUCCACGUGAAAGAGGAAGAGGAGGAACUCAACAUCGCCCAGGAGGGAGACGAUCUUUUCAGGCCGGAGGAGGCUGAUCCCACCAAGUUACCAAUGACUUUUGUCUCUGUGAAGACUGAAAACCAUGAAGAUUUACCUCGAGAAAAUCUCUUCGCUCCACUAUCUCACACCGACAGCAAACCAUUUGAAUGCUCCAAAAAGAAGACAGACGUCCAGGAGCUGAUUGAUCAUCAAGAAGAACAUUCACCUCAGCCACAAGGGAUCUCCACUUUGAAGCAGGAGGAUCCGUAUUCCCUCCACAUUAAAGAAGAAGAACUCUGGAUCACUCAGGACGAGUGUCUUCUAGGGUCAAAGAAGGCUGAUGCCAUCAAUUUGCCACUGGCUGUUGUCUCUGUGAAGACUGAAGAGCAUGAAGGAAAACCACAAGACCAGCAGUUGAUUAGUUAUCAAGAAGAACAAUCCCCUCAGCCGCAUGAGAUCACCACUUUGAAGCAGGAUCAUCUGCAUUUUCUCCAUAUUAAAAAGGAAGAGGAGGGAAUCUGUCUCAAUCGGGAGGCUGAAGGUCUUCUAGGACCGGAGGAGGCUGAUCCUACCAAGUUGCCACUGACUGUUGUCUCUGUGAAGACUGAAGACCAUGAAGACAACCUCUUAGCUCCACUAUCAGAUAGUGAGGCUGAAGACUUGGUUGAAGGACCUUUAAGCAGCGAUACAGACUGUGAAGGGGAUAUGAGGACUAACACCGACAACAAACACUCUCAAUCUCUUGAAAAUAACACCGGUAAAAAACGUUUUACCUGCUCGGUUUGUGACAAAAGCUUUACUAAAAAGAGCUAUUUGCCUCAACACAUGAAAACACAUACUGGAGAAAAAACAUGUAGUUGUUCAAUUUGUGGGAAAAGAUUUACUCAUAAGGGCUAUUUGCCUGAACACAUGCGAACACACACGGGGGGAAAAACAUGCAGUUGUUCAAUUUGCGGGAAAAGAUUUACUCGGAAGUCAAGUGUGGCAACACACAUGAAAGUGCACACCGGAGAAAAACCCUUCAGUUGUUCAGUGUGCGCGAAGCAAUUCACUCAGAGGCCAACUAUGGUAAGACACAUGAAAACGCACACACACAAAAAAAGCUUCAGGUGUUCAGUUUGUGGAGAACUAUUCACUCUGAAGUCAAGUAUGGUCAGACACCUGAGAACGCACACUGUAGAAAAACCCUUUAGUUGUUCAGUUUGUGGUAAAAGUUUCUUUUUAGAAUCUGCAAAGAUCAGACACUUAAAAUCGCACACGGGACAAAGACCCUUUGGUUGUUCAGUUUGUGGAAAAAGAUUCACUCUGAAGUCAAAUAUGGUCAAACACAUGAUCACGCACACAGGGGAGAAACGCUUUAGUUGUGCAGUAUGUUGCAAAAUGUUCUAUAAAAAGGGAGAUGUGGUGAGACACAUGAGAACACACACAGGAGAAAAACCUUUUUGUUGUGCUGUCUGUUGCAAAACAUUUGCUCAGAAGAGAAGUAUGCUCAAACACAUGAGCUCACACGGCGGAGAAAAACCCUUCGGUUGUUCAGUUUGUGGUAAACGUUUCUUUUGGGAAGCUGCACUGAUUAGACACAUGAAAAGCCACGCAGGAGAAAAACCCUUUAGUUGUUUAUUUUGUGGAAAAUUUUUUAGUCUGAAGUCAAGUAUGGUCAGACACAUGAACACGCACUCAGGAGAAAAACCCUUUAGUUGUUCGAUUUGUGGUAACCGGUUUUUAGAAAAGCGAUCUAUGGUAAGACACAUGAAAAUUCACACAGGAGAAAAACCCUUUAGUUGUUCAGUCUGCUGUAAAAGGUUCUCAGAAAAGAGAGAUAUGGUUAGACACAUGAGCACACACACAGGAGUAUAAUUCUUUAGAUGAGGGGUGCCCAUGAGGUCGAUCACGGAAGGUGUGUUAUGUCAUUUUCCUAAGGCUGUUCUAGACAGAGGCGGUGACCUUUGCUCCUGCAGGCGCGCUGGCCACACCUCCCUCCACAGACUGUUUUUGACAAGGUUGCUCCUUUGAAUCCCCACAGUAUUUUUCACUAACAAUAGGCAGAACCGAACCUUGCUUGAGUGUAAAUAGUUGGGGUUUUGGCACCAGCUGCUAGACUAGACUAGAUCUGUCCAAUCUAAGUCUAUGAGCAUUA